AAAAGACGUGCAAGUUGAUCUUGAAAAUAGAAUUCGGGAUGAGGUGUAGCAGCAACUUAACUUUUAAGUAUUAAGUACUCUGCAGCAAUGGCGGAGGAAGAACAGAAUGCUGAACAAAUAACUGAAGACCCUGACAAACCUAGUUCGACUGAUAACGAAACACUGAAAAAAAGCAUUCUCGAAGAUGAGAAACCAGACGAUAGGCAAUCGGGUACAGUUCUAGAAAAAGACGACAUCUUCGAGCUGUUUGACUUCGAUACCCCCAAAUCGGGGGCCGAAAUCUUUGAGGACCCAGAAGACGACGAUGAUAGCCAGGAAACUGGCCCACGCAAAAUAACACCGAAACUAUUAAAAAAUAUUGCUAAUGAAUUGGGUCUUAUUCAUUUAUGUUGGCCCCUGCAGGCUCCCGAGGAUGCAAAAAAAUUCCCGCCUUCCUACUAUGAGAAUAACAGCAAAGAAAAACUUAUAUUGCUGUAUGCUGAAAAUUUCAGACAACAGUUUCAUUUUAUAUUCCCUGAUCGAAAACCUCUUUUGUUAGCAGCUGAUAAUGAAUGUGGAUUACAGAAAAUGGUAUGCACCACGAUUCGUCCAACAAGACUGCCCUACCCCGAGCUUUCAAAUUGGGAAGGCUGCGCACACUUUGUUGCAGAUCACCUGGUCUACGUGCCAUUGCACAAGCCAACUCGGAUCUGGCAGGCGGUGACGCUGGGGUCGGAGCAGCACUCCAGCCAGCGCAGGAACUUCUCCCCGUGCGUCACCGCCUCCGCCGCCGUCGCAGGUGGCUCGUCGUCCUCGUCGUCGUCCGACUCAUCCAACUUUUUCGGCCAAGGGGCUCACGUUGUUAUUGUCCUUCGCAUUCAGCAACACACUGUCGAGCGUGGACCGCACCUUACUGGAGGCCAGGCCGCCGCUCGCGUACCCGUUCACCUUUUGCAACCCGCCGGCGGACAGCGCCAGAACCAGCCGGUGCCGUCGCCGUUCCCGUUGCUGUCCUUGUCGCCGGUGACGGCGGCGGCCACGGCGGCCGCGGGGUCCAGCAGCUGCGUGGCCGCCACCGCCGCCGCCGCCGGCAACCCGGCCACCUGCUGCUGUUGCUGCUUGAGCCAGUACCAAAGGGCCUCGUCCAGCUCCGGGUGCGCGGUAGAGCGCGGCGUGUGGGCCGCCGCGAACGCCGGCGCCACGGCGGCCGACGCGGGCUGCUGGUGCGCCAGCACCGUGUUGGGGCUGCCCUCGUCCAGCCCCAUCCGCAGCCGCUUCAGGUCGGAGGGCCCGCUGUUAUCCAGGUCCACGCUGAGGUCUUUCUCGCCGUCGGACUGCUGCGACUCGGGCGAGCCGCACGAACGGGCCACGUUGCGCAGCUUGUCCUCGCUCUUGCACCAGCCACGCAGCGUGGACUCUGGCACGCCGAUGUCCCUGGCCACCGACGCCUUGGACUCGCCGCUAUGCACGCGCCGAAUCGCCUCCAGUUUUUCGUGCACCGACAACUGCCGGAUGGGUCGCUUGGCAGGCAGCAUGGUCUCCGCGGCCAUGCACCGGCGAACGGGCGCGCACGGGCCGACGCCGCACGCGCGCUCGCACGCACACGCGCGCUCGCGCGGGCACGCGCGGUCUGCAAAAACAAUAGAGCGCGCCGGCGGCGAAAACAAAAGUCGAAAAGUUUCCGAGCGCUCGAGUUGCGCGAAAGUGCGCGCGACGUCGUCGUCGUCAGCGCAGUCGACGCGCAAUCGCUUCGGAAACUUCUGUCUCUGUCUCGUGUGCAAACGCGAUGACACACGAAAAGAAAAGCACUCGGCGAGUCAGUCGUCGGAUUCACUGCGCACUGUUCGCGUCGACGGUCCACUUCAUGAUGACGGUCAGUUCGGACACUGCUUAGCCGGACGAAAAGACAAGCGGAAGGAAAGGGAAGAGCCUGUGAAAAUAAUGUCACCAACAUCUGUUCUUCAACGCCAGCAAGGAAAUUGCUUCGAAUGCAGCACAGUACUUUGUUCUUUCCUCACUGGAAUUGGAUAUGAUGCAUAUGUUGUGUCUGGUUAUGCAACUAAAGCAUUGUGCAGAGCUGAUCAAUCCAACAUAGAUAACCCUGAGUUAAAAAAAUACAAACCGGUUAUAGUACCACCACCUCCACCUGCCCCAAGAAAAUAUGAAAUGAAACUUACUAAGGAGUUUGACAGUCAGUAUUUAAAAGCGAUGCAAGAAAGGGCUGAUUUAGAAGCUAAGUUGAAGGAAGAGGAAAAGGAAGCUGAGGAUAACAUGAAGCAAAUUCUGACAGAGAGAGUUGCUGAACUGCCAACUGAUGAGUUAUUUGGAGUGAGAGUGCAUAGUUGGGUUCUAAUUCGACCAGGAACUCUGGGAAUAGAAGAAGCAUUCUUCAUUGACCCUCCAACAGGAAGAUCAUUUUCUCCAGUAGAUGCUAAUUUUUUGGGAUUGGAAAGCCUCUGGAAUAAUACUAAUUACUGGGUUAAUAUGCAAGACUGUAGUGAAGGCUGCAGGAACUUGAAAUUUGAUUUGAAAGACCCUACUUGUUGGAACUGGUUAUUAAUGGCAGAACCUUGGUAUAUGAGAAGUCAGGCAGAUGAGGACAGAGAGAGAGAAGAAGAAGAAGAGGAUGAAGAAAAAGCAGACCCAGAAAGAAAGGAGUUAGCCAAAUAUUUGAUAGAAAAGCAUUUGGAUAUGCCUGCAUCUUGGGUAGCUCGAUUAGAAAUUCCUGAAGCAGUUUAUAGAAGGAGAUAUCCAGGCGGUCACAAGGAAGUUGUAGAUUAUUAUGCACCAUAUGUUAAAAAUGAUGGUUUAACAAUGUACAUAGUUUCAUUCUCUGACAAGAACUAUAAAGUUAAAGAAAUGGUUUAUGAGACAUAUCAAAACAGAUCUGACUUACUCACAGAUGUGAUAAAAAAUUUUGAAACCAAUUUAGUCACAGAAAAGUAUUCCAGAGGGAGAGAAGAAGGUCUUAAAGAACACCAAUAUUACAUGGGUCACACUGCAGUAGAAGACAAAAGGAAGCUGAAUUUUUUUUAUGAAGCACGAGCUGAUGGUCUAUCAGAACUUAUAAUGGACCCUCUUUUUCUCACGUUACACUACAUAGAUCGUAUUGACUUUCUCUACUACCGGCACGCUAUCUUUGAACCAAGGCUUGAGGGCGAAAUAUCAGAAGACAAGAGAAAUGUUUUGUCUUUAAUUGAAAAAUUUCACAAAAAUCCUGAUAAAAACAAUGAAGAAGAUAUUGCAGAAAGAACUUACAUUCCUCCAGAAAAUAGAAUUUUCCUGAAAUUUCACUAUGGAGACACCAAAGUAAUAGCAUCAACUCGGGAAUUUAUAAAACCACCUCCUGAAAAAUUAGGAGACAAACUACAAUUUGAGAAUGAGAUGACUGUUGGUUUUAAUGUUGACCCGACGUACCCAAAUCUCAAAUCAUAUGAGCUAUUUGAAUUGCUUAAAGAACAAUUACUAGCUGAAGAACAAGCAUUUUUUGAACUUCGAGCUUUGGAAGAUGAGCUGUCUUUGCUUUUAAAACUGAGAAUUGCAGAGAUAGAAGUGCCAAAACUGGCAGUCAGUAUAUACGAUACUGAAAGAAAUAAGGAAGCAAAAGGAGAAAUGCUGGAUAAGGACCAAAAAAUAAAGGAACAAAUUGUUAAGGAGCAUGAAGCAGAGGUUGACUAUUUGGCACCAUAUCUUGCAUUUUUGGGUUUAACUCACACCAAGUCUCUUUCACUGAAAGAUGCAACAACAGUUCGGGAUAUGUGUCUUAAUGAUCAUAAAAAUAUAUUUGUAAACAGAGCUAAUAAUAUGCAAGAAGCAUUUGAGAGGACAUGCAACACAUUGCGUAUGAAACAUUAUUGGUAUGAACAACAGCGAGAUAAUCUCACUAAAGAAGAAGAAGAGGAAUAUUUUGAACAAUGCAACCAACUGAGAUUCUAUUUACAUACUCUGGAAAUUAGAUUAAAGCGCCAUAGAGAUCUAGUCCCUCAAAAAUAUGCAGCUCUUGAAGCUUGGCUGGAAAAGGAUCCAAGAUUGGCAUGUUUAUAUAAGAAAAAAUGAUAGUAUCUUCAAAACCCAGACAAAUUGUAUACAAUCAUUAACUACACUCUGAAAAUAAUGUCAAGUUAUUCAUAAUGAUAAAUCAAUAAAACAUUUACAAAUUUUUAAAUUAUAGAGUGGUUUGUACAUUAACUGCUAAUUUACUUACAUGCUUGUAAACUUAACUUAUUUGGGGGCUCUUUAUUUUUGGUGUUAACUUACAUUUACAUUGCAUCUUCACUUGGUUGAAUGUAUCUGAAUUUAAUGAGAUCAAAAAAGUAAGUAAUACAAGUAAAAGUAAUACAAUGAGAGAUAAUGUAGUGAUUGCGAGGCCCAG